ACGGAGGAGAUUUUGGACGGGAUCAUGUCGCGGUUCGACGUCGACGGCGCCGGGUACGUCGACUUGCCGAAAUUUUGCAAUUUCCUCAUGUCUCGCAGCAAAGGCGGCCCCGCGGAGCUUCGCAAGGCGUUCACGCACUUUGACAAGGACCGGAGCGGGUUUAUUACGAAAACGCAGCUCGCUGAGGCGUUACACGACUUCCAGAUGGCCCUCUCCCCCGCGGAACUCGACGCGCUCAUCGCGCGGUACGACUCCACGGGGACGGGGCAAAUCUCCAAGGCGGAUUUCGUC